AUGCUGAAAGACCAAAUGGCUCGAGAUGUUAAUCUGAAACUGUUAGACGACUCUCAAACUAUCAUAGGCCGUCAGGAGCUGCGAUCGAUACUCGUAUUCGCACCGCCCGGAGUCUGGAGAACAAGAAAACCGCCGAGUGAGGAGGAGAUUGCAGGUGCUGGAACUGUUGAAGCAUACUAUGAGCUGAAAGAGCCAUUGAGCCGUCAUCAGGAUUCCGAUGAAGACGUGUUCCUUCCAAAACAAUUCCCACCGGCCAUCGCUUUCCUGGAUGCUAGAUUUCCUGGCAUUCGGGAAAUGUAUCGGAGAGAGUUGAGAGAAAAAUUCCAAGAUAUCGAGUCGAAAGGUCCGAUUAAUAGAAAAGGAGUUGACUAUAUGAUCGAUAUGUUUAACAAUGUUCAGUCGAACGUACGAUUUGCGACAUUAGCAGCCGUAAUGCAUCAAUGCUGA